GGGCCCUGCCCAAGGGGGCUGAGUUCUCUAGGACUCCAGGGGGAGCCUGGUCGCAUAGAGACUGCUCGCAGUUCCGCUUAAUGCUGGAAACGUGCGGAGGCUCUUGAGGCAGGCAGCUGCGGAGCGUGUCCGGCGGGCGGAAAAGCGAAUCCGAAUGUGGAACCUGACCGUCUGGGAGCAAACCAACCCGGGGAAUCUGAAGGGGAGAAAUCCGCAAGCCCAGUCAUGAGACAUUGGUGGGGUAAGCAUACGGAGAUGUGAUUGUUUGGUUCAAUCAGGAGCAUCAAUUAAAAGAUGUUCAGAAGAAGCUGUACAGGAAUGUGCUGCCGGAGAAGUAGAGCAGCACAGCCACAUUAGAUUUCUCCUAGUCAUGACAAAGAAACAGAUCUGUUGCAUAACAGUCACAUGUUGCAUGAUGAAGUGGCCAGGCUAAGACAGGAAAUGGACACAAUAAAAAUGGAGUGCCAGGAAAAACAAAAGAAACAUUUGAAGGAUAUUGAAAUUGUAAAACAAGAGAAUGAGGACCACCUUCGAAGGACUAUAAAACUCGAUGAGGAAAGAUUCAGGAAAACAAUAUCCCCGUAUGUUGGCAAGAUCGAUGUUCUAACACAUGAGAACAUAAUUCUAAAAUCUGAACUGGAAAAAGAAAAACAAAACAAGGAAAGACUGGAAAGAGAAAUUGAGUCAUACUGUCUAAGACUGGCUGCUGCUGUAUGUGAUCGUGAUGAGAAUCAGGCCUCAAAAAGAGACCUAGGACUUGUUUUACAGAUACCAAAAGACGAGUGGUCUGCUACACAGGGAUAUAUGCAUUCCCAUGCUAAUAUCCUUUCCCAGCAACUUUCUGAACCUGAAAGUAAAUUUAGUACCCUCCAAGCUGAGUUGCAUCACACGAGAGAUGCUCUCCAAGAAAAGACUUUGGCUUUAGAAGGUGCACAAAGAGACCUUUGUAGUAGGAAACUUGGCUAACGGCGUGAAUAAAAAUUUGGGAAAAGGGCGAUCGAAUACGAAGGCAAUUUUAGGAAUGCCCGGCAGAACUUUGGUUGAUCUGGAACAAAGGUCUUCAACCACAUCUUCCUUUGGACUCUCUGAAUUCCUGUCCUCGAUCGAGUUUGCAUCUUCUGUCCUCACAGUGCCAUGCUGUGCUUCUAAGUUUUUCUUGGACUGCUGAGAAGCAGUUGAUAGACAUUUUAAACCUGGCUUGGGGACAUUCUUGGUAUCAGAAUUGAAGUCUUCAACAUCUGGUGUAGCAACCCUCUGUUACAGUAACAGAUCUUCUGCACUUCCUCGAGUUCACCCCGGUAGAUAGCUCUGUGGAACUUUCCCAGAUCUUUCAACAGGAUGACAUAUGCUGGGGGGGAGAGGAAUCAAUGGGUCAUAGAGUAUGUGAAUCAUCUUAAGGAGAUACUGUCCAUUUUCCAAAAUGGCUGAACCAGUUAGUACUCCUAUCAACAGCUUAUAUACUAAAUUGACCUAGCACCGUUUAUUGAAAAGACCAUCCUUUCUCCCAGUUCUGCUUUCCCAGCACGUGGCUACAGAAAGAGAGGAAUCCAGCAGAAGACUGGUCGACUCUCGGAAUUUUAAGUCAUGGCCCAUCAGUUGAUAAUGCUCAGGGAUGUGGCUAUAGAUUUCUCUCAGGAGGAAUGGGAGUGCCUGGAUCUGAAACAGAGGGAUUUGUACAGAGAUGUGAUGUUGGAGAACUACAGCAACAUGGUCUCACUGGGACUAUGCAUUUAUCAGCCAGAUGUGUUCUCUUCAUUGGAGAAAGGGAAAGAGCCCUGGAAAAUUUUGAGGGAUGAGACAAGAGGACCAAGUCUAGAUAUGCAUACCAUGUGUGAGACCAAGAAGUUAUCACAAAAAAAUGGCAUUUUUGAGAGAGAAUUAUCCCAGUGGGAAAUAAUGGAAAUUUGUAAAAGCCACAGCCUUGAAUGUUUAUGUUUUAGAGGUGAUUGGGAAGGCAAAGGUUUGUGUCAAACACAACAGGAAAAUCGGGCGGAAUAUUUCAAGCAGGUGGCACUCACGUUUGAAAAAAUGCCUACUUUCAACCAGCACAUGGCUUCUAAUCUACAUCAGAGACUUAAUAUAGGAGAGAAACCGAAUGAAUAUAAAGAAUGUGGGAAAGCCAUUAGUUCUGGCUCAGACCUUACUCAACACACAGGUGAGAAACUCUGUGAAGAUAAGGAAUGUGGGAAGGUCAUUCUUCUAGAUUCAGAACGUACUCAGUAUCAGACAGUUCACACUGUUAAGAAAACAUAUGAAUGUAAAGAAUGUGGGAAGACUUUUAGUUUGCGUUCGAGUCUUACUGGUCAUAAGAGAAUCCAUACGGGUGAGAAACCUUUUAUUUGUAAGGAAUGUGGGAAGGCCUUUAGAUUUCAUUCACAACUUAGUGUCCAUAAGCGAAUUCAUACUGGUGAGAAAUCUUAUGAAUGUAAGGAAUGUGGGAAGGCCUUUAGUUGUGGCUCAGACCUUAGUCGACAUCAGAGAAUUCAUACUGGUGAAAAACCCUAUGAAUGUAAUGAAUGUAGAAAGGCCUUUAGUCAGCGAUCACAUCUUAUUAAACAUCAGAGAGUUCAUACUGGUGAAAAACCUUAUGAAUGUAAGGAGUGUGGGAAAGCUUUUACUCGUGGCUCACACCUAACUCAACAUCAAAGAAUUCAUACUGGUGAGAAAUCUCAUGAAUGUAAGGAAUGUGGAAAAGCUUUUAUUCGUGGUUCCAAUCUUGCCCAACAUCAGAAUGUUCAUUUUGGUAGGAAGCCCUAUAAAUGUGAGAAAUGUGGAAAAGCAUAUAUCUGGAGCUCACACCUUGCUCGACAUCAGCGAAUUCAUGCCAGUAGGAAACCUUUUGAAUGUAAGCAAUGUGGAAAGACUUUUAUUUGGGCUUCAUAUCUUGCUCAGCAUGAGAAAAUUCAUAAUGAGAGGAAACAGUAUGAGUGUAAGGAAUGUGGAAAAACUUUUCUUCAUGGCUCAGAAUUUAAUCGACAUCAGAAAGUUCAUACUGGUGAAAGAAAUUAUAAAUGUAAGGAAUGUGGAAAGACCUUUUUUCGUGGUUCAGAACUUAAUCGACAUCAGAAAAUUCAUACUGGAAAGAGACCAUAUGAAUGUGAAGAGUGUGGAAAAGCCUUUCUCUGGAGUUCACAACUUACUCGACAUCAGAGAAUGCAUACAGGUGAGGAACCUUAUGCAUGUAAAGAAUGUGGGAAAUCCUUUAUCUGGGGCUCACAGCUUACACGACAUAGGAAAAUUCAUACUGAUGCAGAAUCCUAUGAAUGUAAGAAAAGUGGCCAGAUCUUUAGUCACCAUUCCCGUUUAUAUUUUACUGAACAGAAAAUUCACAAUGGUGAGAAUGUCUGUGAAUGGACAGACUAUGGAAACACCUUUAAUCAUGACUCAAACUUUGUUCAACAUCAGAAUAUUUACACUUUUGAGAAAUCCUGUGAGUAUAAUGAUUUUGAGAUGGUAUUUUCUCCUAGCUCCCACUUUAUUUCACUCUUGUGAAAUCAUAUGCUAUAAAGAUAUACAAAAGGCUUUA